CUCAACCUAGACAAACAAAACUUCAUUCCCUUUGCAAAUAUACUACCAAUACACCACCGUUAGUUCUCAAAAUGAAUAACCUUGUAGCUUUCUUCACCUUUACUCUCUUAGUUUCUCUUUCUGAUCAAGCUAUUGAGCUCGACUUUUGUGUAGGAGAUACUACUCUUCCAAGGGGACCUAAAGGGUUCGCUUGUAAGGAUCCUGCUAACGUCACCACCGAUGAUUUCGUAUUCACUGGCUUUCGUCAUGAAAGUUUCACCGCAAAUCUAUUUAGAAGCAACGUUACUUUAGGAUUUGUGGAUAAUUUCCCAGCUUUGAAUGGUUUAGGUAUUUCCAUGGCAAGAUUAGACUUUGCUGUUGGUGGAGUUAUACCAGUACACUCCCACCGAACAUCAGAAGUUAUAAUCGUGACAAGAGGGUCUAUAAUUGCAGGAUUUAUUGAUGCAACUAAUAAUGCAUUCUACAGAAGGCUUGAGGUUGGAGAUGUUAUGAUCUUCCCACAAACCAUGCUUCACUUUCAAAUCAACGUUGGCAGAACCCCGGCUACUGCCAUUGUUAGCUUGAACGGUGCAAACCCUGCGGUCCAAUUCACCACCACCUCCUUAUUUGCUGGCAAUUUACCUGCUCAUAUUGCUCAACAAAUCACUCUUCUAAGCCAAGACGAAGUAAUGAGAAUGAAGAGGCUAUUUGGCACCGCUUAGUUUUUUUUUUUUCUCACUAAAGUUAAAUUAUUAGUUUUCUCAAUAAAUGUAUGAGACAUUGUACGUGUUUGUGUUAUCUUUCAUAUUCAUCCUUUAAAGUGUAAGCAAAUUUACCUUGUAUUUCAUGUAACAUUGAAUUGAAACAAAUGUUUUUCCCUAUUAAGCUUUGGUC